AUGUAUGAGCCGCUUUACUUUGCAUUCGACGCUUACCCAGCAGUGGUUCCCCGUGUUCGAGUCCGAGGUGUUAUGGCACUCUUCCUUGCCGUUUCGAUCUUAUGGGCUCUGAUCUGGCUUCUUUACCGUGCGUGGCAGGUCUGUCAAACUUCAAACGAGGUCUUGGUAGAAAAGCUGGGUCUCGACAUUCCUCCGCCGCCAGAAGUCACUCUCGAAGAGAUCACAGCCCGUGAGAUCCGCCUUGCUUGGAAGCAACCAGACUUUCACAACUCAAUACAUAAGCAUAUCAUCCAGGUCAACAAUGUUAAAGUCGGCGAAUCCAAACGAGCCGAAACGGCAGUUGAGAUUUCGAAUUUGAUACCUGGAAACAUCUACCACAUUUGCGUUCUUUCCCUCAGUGCCGCCAAUUUCCAAACACCAAGUGCAAUCCUCCAUGUCCGAACGAAAUCUCUUCCGCUUUCUCAAACCCAGCAAAAUGGCACCCCCGGAGGUCCAGUUAUUCGCGCUUCGAUUCCCCGGUCUACGGUUGGAUUGCCUGCGCCCUCUGCCCCGAUCAUGUCUCGCGAACACAGCACCGGCCAACUGCCAGGCAAACGCCCUUCAGCCGGACGGAAAAUUUCUCCCGCGGCUGGAACGCUAGACGCUGCGCACGGCAAUUUCGAAGAAACUUUCAAGAGCAGGGCGAAAACUGCCAAGGAUGAGACUUUGGAGCAGUUAGCAGACCGAUUGAAGGCAUUGCAGCAUGAGAACGAGAGCUUAGAGAAGCAAGGGAUAGAGGAGGAAGACGAGCAUAUCGGAUUACUGAAGGAUCUGGAAAAGCAACGCAGUGAACUAAGAAAGCGUGUCAGGGAGAAGGAUGAGGCCAGCGGCGAUUUGAAGAAGCAUGUCUACAAGCUGGAAAGCGUCAACCGAACGGUGCAAGGCGAAAAGUCAAAACGCAUGCGGCUACUUCAACAGAAGGAGGCGGAGCGCAAGAAGCGCAAGAACGAAAUUCUAAGAUGGCAAGAAAAAAUUGCGCAAAUGAAUUCCGACGCCGAGCAGGCGAAGGAUGAUAAGACAAAGAUCGAAGAGGAAGGAGCCGAACGCGCAGAUGAAGUCCGAGCAAAGAUCGCCAAGGAGCAGUCGGAGAUGAAGACACUUGAUGAUGAAAUCCAGGACAAAGGAGGUCGGGUCAAGAAGCUCGAAGAAGAGAGAAUGGGGCUGCAAGAAGGCGACAGUGAAGAUGGCAAGGAACUGGAUCGGAUCGACAAUGAGCGGGCUCGGCAAUGGGAGCACAAACUAGGCAACCUGAAUGCACGAUAUGCCACCUUGGUGAACCUUCAUGCACAAGCCCAGCAGCAAUAUCAAGAAGCCCAAGAGCGGCUGAAAUGGCUGACUGCUCAACGACCAGGCAGCUCAGGCCCCUUUGCUUUGCCGCCCCUGGACCUCGAUAUAACAAAUAGUGCCACCAUUCGACCUCGUCGCCAUCGCAGCUCACUCGUCAGCAAUGUCUCAUCCCCUGUGAACUUCCCGGGUAUCGAGCCUUCUUUCCCAGGUGGCGUCAGUUACAACCAGCCUACCCACUCGCCUACUUUCCCUCCAAGCUCAGCAUUCUUCAACAUUAACAAUGGCAUGGCACUUCCCGGCCUCAAUGACCCCCCGGAGAUUAUGCGAUCAGACUCAGAAGUCGCUUUCAAUAACCCACAGAUGAGCCCCCGUGCGGAUGCUCUGUUGCCAUCUGAUCUCCUUGGCGAUGAGGAAUCGCCAGAAUUCCCCCGAAUUAUGGCUCAUCCGAGGUUUACAACUCUGGACACAUCGAGCAACCCAUUGGAUAGCUUCGGCCACGGCCCGGUAUCGCCUGUUUCUUCUGACGGCCGAGCCGGCAGCAUCUUUGCAAGCCCACUUGAGAAUCAAACCCGACAGGACGAACCCCAAGGAGUCCAUUUGUCUGCUGCUGGGGAUGCCCCGAAAAGUGCAACCCGAAGGCUUUCUGGGCUUUUCAACUUCCAUCGACCCCGUGGAAAGACCCUGGCAGACGAAUCGCCCAUGCUGGGCACAUUGAAACCUGGACAGAGUCAAUCCUUCCCCCGCAAUGUCGAUGAGCUGGACCCAAUCGGUUCUCGGCGACGACGAUCAAGUUAUACCGGGAAUUGGGCAAACCCAAUGUCCUUGUUCCCUCGGAGCAACACAACGGGUGUCACUAUGGACAGCUCUUCCGACCAUGCGCCUUCUCGCCGAGCCGCUUUCUCAAGUAUCUUCUCAUCCGGCAAGUUUGGCUUCGGCGGUGCUGGCACCCGUGGAAACCCCGACCUCAGCACCGGAUAUAAUCAGUUUAGUCCUCGUCAUGAUCCCAUCGACCCAUCGUCUCUUCUCGGUGGCGUUCGACGAGGCUCUUUGUCUCCACGACCUUCAUCUACGUCUUUUGACACACAGAACCAGCUUCCUCAUCCCUCAACGGACAAUCGCCACUUCGGGUGGCCAUCCACUGAGAACGCUAGGCACCGCAAUAGCCCGCUUGGAUUCGAUUGGGCCUCGCCACCAACUUGGUCUCGAGCUCCUUCUCGGCGUCCUUCAAUCCAGUAUGGGUCGUCGGGUCAUCUUCCUUUGGGGCUGACCGGUGAACCUGAUUUCGUGGAGGACACAUUUGAACGUCAUCAUCGACCACUCCAGGCACCGAUUGGCACUCGCCCGUCAUCCUCUCAUCGACCACUGACUCCAAAGUUGAAUCCCGCUGCUCCGGCCUUCACUGCAGUUUUCACCGGCGAGAAUUCGGACCGAGAAGGACAAAAGCGUGAUGGCCCCGACAGUCCAUUUGAUACGCGUGAGUUCGAAGGAUCACCCUCCGAGCCUCGCACAUCCCGCUCCCUCUCCCACUUUACUGCUGAUUCGUAUGAGUCACUGGAGCGCAUGCCAUCCGGAACCUCCGUCGACAAUGCGUCCAAAGAGUCUUUCAUCCGCAAGAUCACCCGCAAGGGUAGCUCCAGCAAAUUCAGCUCAUGGAAGGACCGCUCGGGACUGUUUUCCAAGAAGGACACGUCCUCGCAAGCCUCGCAAGGUGAUAUUGACGAGGACGCGGCCAGCGAAGCACAACUUGGCAAGAGCGUUGAUAGCACUGUUUCAAGUGUUACAUCUGCCGACCGUUCGACUCGCAGCAGCCUGGGCUUCUUUUCUCGCAAGUCCCGCCGCUCCGACAAGGCCAGUGAAACUAGCGAGCGUGCUAGUGAAACUGGCGACGAGGAGAUUCGGGAGGAGGCUGAGACCUCGUGA